AUGGCUUCCCAAGAUUAUCCACCUGGCUUCGGGGAUGAAGGAGUACAAGGAAGUGGUGGUGCAGGUUGGUGGGAGGGAAAUGAGCUAGAUGGCGGAGAUGGAGGGUCAGGGCCAGGGCCAGGAAAUAUGAAUGGAGGUACCGAUAUGGGCAACGGGAAUAAUGGCAAAAAUGGCAAUGGGCCACCUCCCCGCCCUCAAAAUUCAAACAGCCCUCUCUCGACCACCAAUCCUCCAGCUACGACUAGUAGCUAUAAUUCUGCGAUGCCUACAAAUACUAUUAGCACCAGUACCGCAGCUGCCUCAUCUACCUCAUCUUCAUUACCUGUGCCAUCUGCAUCAUAUAUAUCCUCUACAUCUAUAGAUAUCAAUACAACUAGUACAGUCGACCCUUCAUCUUCAGCUUCAGCUUCAUUUUCUUCAUCCUUUUCUACACCUACACCUACAAUCACAACUUCUAGCUCCAACUCCUCAACAUUUCUUGAACCAACAACUUCAAUUUCAUUCACCUCCACCACCACAUCCUCCUCUACGAUUGUCGCGACUCCUGUGUCCAACACUGGAGCCGGCACCCAAUCCGUCGGCGUCACUGUCCUCCCCUCGGCAUCCUCAACUCAGCAAGGCCUGAGCAAAGGCUCCAUCGCCGGUAUUAUCAUCGGGCCACUAGCCCUCUUAGCUCUCAUUCUAACAGCAAUAUGGUAUUUCCUCCGCCGCAAGAAGAAGACUAAACAGCACCGAAAAAGCAUUGGCGGAUUCGGUAUUGGUGAAUGGUACGGCAGUGGAACGGGAGGCACUAUGUCACAAGUCAACGAACCACCUUCCUGCAAUGGCAAAGUUACUGCUGGGAUGGGGUUCCAUUUCCCAAACCCCCUCUACUACCUCGACAGCAUCUCAAUCUUCACUUCAAAACCCGUUUACAGAUCAACCUCAGCUCUCUUCAUUUCCUUCCCAUUUUCUCCGACACAACAACCGAAAACUCCUGAUCACCCAACUUCAAAUAGAACGACAAAGGAAGAAGGCCCCCAUGAAGAUAUAGUAGAUUUUGGCGACUCCAUAGAUUGGAUACGUAACCGAGAUCGCAUGCGAGAUAGAGAAAGGGGUGGAUUGACAGCUUCAAAUAUGGGGAGUGGGUUGGGAGAAGGGAAACCGGAUUGGAGAUAUUCCGUGAGAGUUAAUGGGGGUGGGAAUAAUCUUUAA